GUGUUGCUGUAUUUAUCAGGGUCGGCGUUCGGUCUAUGGCAGGGGCCAUGCGGCAAUUCAUACGCUAACCGUGUGGCAGGUGGAGACCCUACAGCAAAAGGGGAGUGGCCAUGGAUGGUGAAACUAUACUUUUGUUCGAGAAUUAAAAAUAGCGAAAAGUUGCAGUGUAACGGUUGUGGAGGUUCUCUAAUUAGCGAUCAGUGGAUUAUGACAGCCGCACAUUGUAUCGAUACUAAAGAUAACGAAAACAAAACUACACUAAUUAUGGCCACUGUUGGUGGUGACGAUCCAUUAACUCAACGCAACUUUACAUUUGACACUACUAAAAAUAACCUUCACAUUCACGAGUCUUACAUGGAUGUUACAGGAUCGCCAUAUGACAUCGCUUUAAUCAAGUUAGACGUAAAGCUAUCACUGAAUAACAAUAUUGAGCCUGUAUGCAUAUUCACCACAAAAUUACCUGACAUAUCUAAAUGUGUGGCCACUGGUUAUGGAACGACUGAAAGCGGAGAGAGCUCAAGAUUUGAUCCAAGCAUCCAAUUGUGCGCUCAGAAUCAAUUUAUUGGUAAUGAUGUCUGUCAUGGAGACAGUGGUGGACCACUGACCUGCGAAAUUGGCAAUAAUGUGUGGGUGCAAACUGGGAUUGUGUCAUUUGGAGAGGGUGUACUGUGCGGAAAGCAAAAGGCACCGGCCGUUUUUACACGAGUUGACGCCUUUAAAGACUGGAUUGAGAAAAUUACUUUUGAACCAGUUCAAAACAAAUAUUAUGGAGGAAAAUUAUACGACGUU